GGGGUUUGUUAAUGAAUAUAAUUUUGGGUUGUUGACCCACUUCCGCAGAAUUUGACUGCUCGACGACACGAUGGCGACGCCAGGCUUGAUCAGCAAGCAGCAGUCUACGCAGGAGAACGUGGAGAACAUGCCCAUCAACGUGGGGGACUCCGUGUGGGUGCCUGGAGCCGACCAAGUAUGGGAGCUGGGCUCCGUCAUGGCCAUCGGGGGGCUCAAGGUCACUGUGCGCAACUCACACAACAAGGUAGCGCAAGUGGACCGCGGCCUGUCCUUGCCACAAAACCCGCGCGUCACCGACGACAUGACUGCCCUCUACUUUAUCCAUGAGCCCGGUGUCCUGCACAACCUGUCGGAACGUUCCAAGCUCGACGGACAGCGCCCGUACACAUUUAUGGCGAACGUACUCAUCGCCGUGAACCCCCUGCGCCCCCUCGCCGACCCGCGCAUCAGCGAGAUCGUCAACAACUCCAACUGUCCUCCGCAUCCGUACGCUAUCGCGGAAAUGGCGUACCAGCAAAUGGUGUACAACUCCACCCGCGAAAUGCCGACGAACCAGUCGGUGGUGAUCUCCGGCGAGUCUGGGGCGGGAAAGACCGAGUCGUCCAAGAUCGUGCUCAAGCACUUGACCACCCGCGGUGUGUUUGGCAAGAAGGCCACCCCCGCGCAAGUCGACGAGUUCGCCGCGGCGCGUCACGACAACUCGAACUCGUUGGACAACCGUUUGAUCGAGCAGAACCCGAUCCUGGAAGCGUUUGGGAACGCCAAGACGUUGCGCAACCACAACUCGUCGCGCUUUGGCAAGUUCAUGAAGCUCCAGUUCACGUCGGAUGGCACGUUCAAGCUCGCGGGGGCGUUCGUGGAGACGUACUUGCUGGAAAAGUCGCGGUUGGUGUACCAGGUGGACGGCGAGCGCAACUUUCACAUUUUCUACCAACUGCUCCAAGGCGGGUCGGUGCAGUCGAAGGCCGAGUUUAAGCUCACGAGGCCCCAAGACUACCACUACUUGAACCAGAGCAACUGCUACGUGGCCGAGGACACGAACGACAAGGCCAACUACAACGCCGUCGUGCACGGGCUGAGCUGCGUCGGCAUGGACAACGCAAAGCAGCACACCAUCUUCUCAAUCGUCGCGGGGUUGCUGCACAUGGGUAACAUUGAGUUUGACGAAGAAGAUACGGCGGAAGGCGAGGCCGCCAUCGUCCAAACGACCGCCGCGGUGCACGCGCUGACGACGGCGGCGGCCCUUCUCGGGCUCGACGCCAAGGCCAUGCUCAAGGUCAUCACGGAGCGCGAGAUCGUCACACGCGGGGAGCUGUUUGUCGUGCGCCGGAACGCCCAGAACGCCGUGUAUGCCCGCGACGCGAUUGCCAAGUCGAUUUACGGGCGAUUGUUUGACUGGAUCAUUUCGCAAGUGAACAUUUCGCUGGGGCAGGACCCGCAGCCGCUGCCGUACAUUGGCGUGCUCGACAUCUUUGGGUUCGAGUCGUUUCAGCGCAACGACUUUGAGCAGUUGCUGAUCAACUACACGAACGAAGUGCUCCAGCGCACGUUCAACAACCAAGUGUUUAUCGCAGAAAUGGAGCUGUACAAGCGCGAAGGCAUCACGGUGGGGCGCAUCGACUGGCCAGACAACCGCGAGUGCGUCGAGCUGAUUGCGUCGAAACCCACGGGUAUCCUCCAGCUGCUGGACAACGAGGCGGCGAACCCGAAACCGACCGACGCCAAGUUCCUGGCAUUGCUGCAUCGCACACACGACAAGAACCCGUUCUUCCCUCGCCCCCAUCCCAAGGACAUGCAGGAGAUGUUCAUCGUGCGCCACUUUGCCGGGUGUGUGAGCUACACCGUCGGCGCGUUCAUCGACAAGAACAACGACACGAUCCCCAAGGACAUGGCGGACCUGUUCCUGUCGUCGUCGUUUCCAGUCGUGCGCGACUUGUUUGCCGAAGAAGCCAACGAAAAAGCGGUCGCGCCCGGCAAGAAGAAGACCCUCAAGAGCGUCGCGGCGAAAUUCACCAAGCAAAUGCAGGAACUGGUCGAUACCCUCGACGGCACGCGGUGCAACUUUAUCCGGUGCAUCAAACCGAACGCACUCAUGAAGGUCGGGUACUUUGACCCGCGGUACGUGGUCGGCCAGCUGCGGUGCCAGGGCAUCAUGCAGACCGCGCAGGUGCUCAAGGUGGGUCUGCCCACCCGCGUCGCGUACAGCGAACUGGUCGGCGCGUACAAAAAGUACAUGCCGCCGGACGCCCAGCGGCUGUUUUCGCAGCAGAGCGACGCGACCUUGAUCACGGCGAUCCUGUGGGCGUUUCAAGUUCCGAAUGACUCGUUCAAGCUCGGGAUCUCCAAGUUGUUCUUCAAGGCGGGCAAGAUCAGCCUCCUCGACGCGAUCCUCAAGUUGAACUGGAACACGGACGGACCGCGCAUCGUCGGGCGCAUGAAGCUGUGGCUCGCGCGCCGCCGGUGGCGCGUGGCGUUGGCCAAGGUCCAGUCGCAGCUCGAGUUGAAGUCCAUGCUGCGUCGGAUCCAGUACCGCAAGGACGCGGUGCGUCGGAUCCAGAUCUGGUGGCGAGGGUUCUCGGUGCGCCAUCAGUUCCUCAAGCAAAAGGCGGCGGCGGUCACGAUCCAAUCCGUGUUCCGGGGCCACAAGGGCCGCCAAGCGUUCAAGGUGAAGAAGGUCGAGAUGAUCGCCGCCGCCAACGCCCGCGCCGAAGAGAGCCGCCGCCAGGCCGAAGAGGCCAAGCGGGCCCAGGAAGCCGCCCAGCGCGCCGCGGAAGAAGCGCGCCGACAGGCGGACCAGGCGCUUCGGGAAGCCCAACUCCGCGCCGUGGCGGACGAAGAGCGGCGCAGGAUGGAGGAGGACGCCAAGCGCGCCGAAGCCGAAGCCAUCGCCCUCGCCCGCGCCGCCGAAGUGGCGGUCCGGGAGGCGGAACUGGCGGCGACGGAAGCGGCGGCGGCCGUCGAGCACGAGCGCCAGGCCGAGCGCAAGGCGAUGCAGGAAGCGCACGACUUGGAGAUGCGCAUGAUCCGCGAGCGCGAAGAAGCGCAGAAGCGCAAGGAGCAGGCACUCCUGGAUGCGGCGGCGCUGUCGGCGGGUCUCCUGGGCGGACUAGCCACCGUGAACGCGAUGAACUCGACACAAGGGCGCAACGUGAGCGUGGUGGAGAUCCCAGAAAACAUCAGCGCCGAAAACAAGGAGCAGCUCAAGCAACUGAACGAGCUGCUGCUGUCUGGCGCGAUCGACCAGGCCGAGUACGAGGAGCUGAUUCCGUUCUUGCUGGAAGCGCCCCAAGACCACGCGCCCGCCGCCGGCCCCGUGCUCACCGCCGAAGAGCAAGAGUCGCUCAACCGGCUCUACAACACCCAAAUCUACGGUAUUCAAAUCCGAUGCCCGGCGUGCGGCGUGAGCAACAACACGGCCAACGGCAACAACUGCACGGAAUGUGGCAGCAUGCUCACGGCGGCUGCCGGCGAACAUGGGUCGGCCGCCGACCAUCGGUACUAUGGCGCCCGUACGCGAUCCAUGUCGACGCUGGCGCUGAGCACGCCGCCGGGGACGUUUACCAUGGACGGCGCGCGCGUAUCGAUCCAUGGCGGGUUCUUCCAGUGCGGCAUGCAUGGCACGCAGAUGCUCCAGGAUGAAAACUACGCAGAGUACACUGUGUACGUGCUUCGGUGUGGGUGGCAGCCCAAGGAGUCGAGUGCCCCGACGUACUGGCUCAUUUCGCACCGGUUUUCCGUGUUUGAGAAGCUGCACAAGGACCUCAAGCACAAGAUCCCGCCCACGGUGGCGGCGCUGCCGUCGUUCCCCCGCAAGCAUCGGCUGGGGGGCAUGUUUGCCGGUCGCACGGGCAACUCGAACGAGAUUGUCGAGGAGCGCAAGCAGGGCCUCGAGCGCUACAUGAACGAAGUGAUUGACAUUUGCGCGCGGCUGCCGAGUACGCUGGCGGUGCCGGAACUGGACCGAUUCCUCAACCUGUCGCGCCAAGUGCAGCAGAUUCAGCGCCAGCUGGGCAUGUUGGCGGGCAUCGAAGGCGGCGUGCAGCCGUCCAACGUGCACUUGGAAGGGGCGGAAGCACUCGCGGCGCGCGAACAAGCGCGGUUGCCGACAGAGCUGCCGACCCCGCUGGACGAAGAAGAGCUCGGGCAGACCGAGGAGGCGGUGCAUGUGCUGCUGAGUGCGAUCCGCAACGCCCAAGGCGACUUGCGGCGCAACCAGGAGGUGCAGACGCUGCUCAAGGUGUGUGUCCAGUUGCAGCCGCGGCUCCAAAUGAGUGCUAAUUUGGACAACCCGUUUGCCAACGUCGAGCUCAUCCCCCGUGCGAUGCAGUGCCAAGAGGACCUGGAAACUACCAUCGGCUUGUACAAUGACUCGCUGCUGGCGGUCACGGAGACGUACACGAUCUCUGGGGCAAACCAGCCGCCGGCGCCGUUUGUCCCAGGCCAAACCAACUCGUACCAGCGCUCGUACGGGUAUUAGGUAUGUUCAGCGUGCGGGCAUCGUGGGGCUGUUUCAAAGGCAGGACUGCACCGAUCGAUGUAUGUAUAUGACGACGACCUGGACCAGAGUGGGAGGAGGAGUACUCAAUUGGCCUUUGAUGUGUCUUGAAUACAUGUAUUGCAUUUUCACUGUGGUUUUGAAGGGAGGUGCAAUUCAUUCAGUUGAGGGUAUAGAUAGAGGAGCUAGGCUGUUCUGAAGCGAUAUAGUAUUCGCCCGACUCGAUGGAGCCACUGCUCGAUGCGUUGUCGUCCGGCG